AUUGGAUUAAUGAUCACGAAAUAGUGUGAUUCCCUCCCAUGUGGGAAAAUAGUGUUACGAGACGAGACUCAGAGAAUCGCCGAAGAACGCGUACAAGACGAACAUGGUGAACUCAGGCUUGAAGCCAUCCACGAAGCCGAGUGGAGCUGUCUCUGCCUUUGUCAUGAAGCUUGACCAAGUAGUCAACGAUCCUGCUACAGACGACGUCAUCACAUGGAAGCGCGGCGCAGAUGGAGCCCUUGUCGAGCCGCACAGUCUUGUUGUCCUGGACAAAACGAAGUUUUCGGAAGUGGUGAUGCCGCAGUACUUUCGCGGGUCCAAGUAUUGCUCGUUCAUUCGCCAGCUUAACGCAUACGACUUUUCCCACAUCGGGGUUGUAAAUGGCGCCGACCCUCCCGCAUUCACGCACCCUUUUUUCCGUCAAGAUGAUCGCUCCCUUCUCUCCAAGAUCGAACGCCGCAAACAGGACAAGCGGUCGCGUGCUACGCAGCCCGACGACGUCAAAACCGUCAAGAAAGUUGAAGACAAAAUCGUCGAGUCGUAUGCCCCGACUACGCGACCUCUCGGAGACAACGAGUCCGCUCGGUACAUUGAAGCUGUCCAAGCCAUUCGCGACAUGCUCGCAUCAGCACAAAUGUUUGGCAUGACGCAUCUCUUUCUCGAACGCGUCAAAGAAUUCCUCCACGUCGAGCGCAAGGAAUUCUCCGAGUUGCAGGACGGCGAAGUGUUGCAGCUGCUCGACAACAUCAUCCAGGGCAACCCAAGUAAGUCGGCGCAAGCCCCCGAAUCCCCGGUGCCGUCCAGCGCGGCUUCCACGACUACGUCCUCCAUUGACGGGGACGACGCGUCCCGCCACCUGGCCGCCAGCGACCACACACCGCACUGCUUUGUGUCGACAAUAGACCUGCAUUCAGAGAUCAAGGUCGAGAGUGAUGGUACUCCAGCCCACGACGACGACGACGAUGUGCUGCUCGAGUUUGACGUGGAUGAGCUCGAAGAUUUGCUGGCGGUGCACAACUUGUGAGAGCGGAGGUGUUUGUUUAUAGCGUAAUAGAGGGCAUCACUGCCCUGUGUUGGGGGCUGGGGCGGCCACUUGUUUGUUCAAUCCAAACAGCGGAAACGCUCGAUUGAUGGAGGGGAGGCGUGCUUGCAUGUUGUCGUGAUGUGGCCGCAGCGACGGAAUAGAUGGAGGGUGGAGGUGAUGCUGGUGUGGAGCGGUUGCGGGGGCAGCGACCGCCGCGCCGACACGGUGUUUGGACAAACUGACACUGCAGAGGAGACCAGACGUUGUAGUGGACGCGUUGUGGUGGGGUUGAUCGUGAAGGGAAUUCCAAAACGGUUGGGUGCUUGGGUCGGAGGCCGCUCUCGAGUCUUCGUGCAGCCGUCGUUUCUUGGGAAACUGAAUGCGGCACUCCAAACUCAUAGGGGACCUGCUUCCUGCUGACGUGGAGUCGUCCAUGAUCUCAUCAAACGAUGACGGCGAGACGGCUGAUGGCGACAUGUCGACGUCCCCGAGGUGCUGUGGCUGUCCUUUGACAAAGUCCGGUCGAAAGUACCGGGUUCCAUCAGACGACUUCAUGAAACCAUGCUUCUCGAGCUGCAUCUUGAAUGUUUUGAAUCGACCUCGGUAAAGGUUCGGCAUCGGCAAGGAGGUCUCCAUCUUGUCUGCGUCCAAGAUCGAGAACGAUCGACCGUCGGCGUCCCAGGCAAUCGUGUCUGGAAGCAAGUUGUUAUUGAGGAACCCGUACAAAUUGCGCAGGAAAUUGCUUGGGAUUCCCAUUGGGGCAGAUGCAGCGGUUGCUGAUGGUCCUUGAAACGCCGAUCGGCCGACUCCAAUGUCAUGGACGCUGGGUCGCUCGAAUGUGUUGAUGGAAUUCACGUGGCUGUUCGCAUGCUGGUUUUGGGUCUUCUGCGCCAUGGCGUCCAGCAGCCGCUUCCUCGCAUCAUUGGCGUCGGAUAUCACCAUCGUCGUCGUCGAGUUCUCCUUGUGAAUGUGGUAAACGUAGGAAUAAAGUCCAG